UUUAUUUAUAUAGGGGCCGCCGCCACCCUACCCACAUAAUUAUGGAAGUCAAACCAAUCCAACACCCGCAAAACGAGCAAAAGAUGAUGAUACUGAAAUGUCGACGAUUAAUAGAUCAGAGAAAUUAGAAACUAAUACACAAUUCUCACAACAAAAUAAAAAAAUAUUUAGUGUGCAGCAAGACAAACUUGGACUACAGCUAACCGCUUCAAACUGUCAUCCUCUUAACAUAAUGUCUUCAUCAGCAACACCUGGAAGUGAUGUUUCAUCUGGAAGAAUAAAUACGUAUUCUUCUGAUGCAUCAUCAACUAAUAUUAUUAAAGAAGAAUCAACUGAUUUGGAACAUUUUUCUUCAAACAAUCAGGUUUCAUUAGGUCGGUCGAUUACUACAUGCAGUCAAAACUCUUCGGAAUUAAUUAAAGACUUUAACCAAAGUUAUUUCGAUAAUAGCAAAAACUCUGUUAAGCAUGAAAGCUCAACACAAAGCAAUGAUGAUAGUUAUAUUAUUGAACAGAAGACUAAAAAUGAAUAUGAUCUUAAUCCCGAUAUAUCACCAAAAUUCAAUAUACACAUGGAAUCUAAGCAAUUAUGGUCUGCAGUACAGCUUUUACCGGUUCAUGAGCCACCAAUCAAUUUUACUGUUUUUUUGAGAAAUUCCCCUCCGCCAACGCCACCGGAUUGUCCGCCACAGAAACUUUCAAGGGAACAGCUCUUACCACCAACGCCGUCGGUCCACUUGGAAAAUAAAAAAAAUGCUUUUAGUCCACAGUUGCAGGAGUUUUGUCUAAAGCAUCCUAUUGCAGUUGUACGUGGACUAGCUGGCGCUCUUAAAUUAGAUUUGGGACUCUUUUCAACUAAAACCCUGGUCGAAGCUAACCCGGAUCACAGCGUUGAAGUCAGAACCCAAGUGAAUCAGUCUCCUGAUGAAAACUGGGAUAUAUCUCAAGCAAAGCGAGUUUGGGCUUGUAUAUCUCAUCGAUCUCAUACAACUAUAGCAAAAUAUGCUCAAUAUCAGGCAUCAAGCUUUCAAGACAGCUUAAAGGAUGAAGGCGACAAAGGCUCAGUUGGAUCCCAAGUGAUGUCGGAUUCCGAUUCGAAGGACUCAGUAUCCAAUUCGAAUAUUAAUUUAAAACGUAAAAAAAACAAAAACGGUAGUAAAAUGCUAAGGUUCGGAACCAAUGUUGAUCUUUCUGAUGAACGAAAAUGGAAACCGCAAUUAAGCGAAUUACAAAAGUUGCCUGCUUUUGCUAGAGUAAUUUCUGCUGCCAAUAUGUUGUCUCAUGUAGGUCACGUCAUUUUGGGAAUGAAUACUGUGCAAUUAUAUAUGAAAGUGCCUGGAAGUAGAACACCUGGGCAUCAAGAAAAUAAUAAUUUUUGCUCAAUAAAUAUAAACAUUGGUCCAGGAGACUGUGAAUGGUUUGCUGUCCCAGAUUCUUAUUGGGGUGGCAUCCAUAAUCUUUGUGAAAAAAACAAUAUCAGCUAUUUACACGGCUCGUGGUGGCCUGUUUUAGAAGAUUUAUAUAAAGAAAAUAUUCCAGUCUACCGGUUCAUUCAGAAGCCUGGAGACCUAGUUUGGGUAAAUGCUGGGUAAGUAACUCAAGAUAAUAGGAAUUUUUUC